AUGCAUACACUAAGGUCCUAUCGAGUAACAUUUUCGAUACAACCGGAGAAACUCGCUCUUCUUGAGAAACGAUCACGAAACCCAAAUCGCAAUGCACGCAGGGAAAUGACAUUCGAUGCGUACUGCGAGCGCGAUAAGGAAGAACUGGUUAAAUGCAGGGACAAGAAUUUGCAUCUGCCCUGGGAGGAGUUUCAUCAAACAUUCUACCCAUUCCUCUCUAUUCGGGAUCUAAAGUUUAUAUACGGUGUAUGUACCUGCCCUCUCAAAGUAGCAGUGCACGCUGCGGUUCGGGAACUAAACGAGAGGAGAUAUGGACCCUAUGCGGCAAACUUCAACGAGAGAAGGAUUAUCUAUGAAAGCUCCGCGGCUCCAGAGGACGAUUUGCCUUGUCCCGAAAGUAUCAGCGCUUCAGACUCCAACCAAGUACUCCAGUCAACAAUCGAAACCCCCCGUAUUCCGUGUCGUGACAUACUCAAGCAUGGGGAUUCUCAGCUGUCACAUGUUUCUAUCCCAGAAAAUAACGAAGAGCUAGAUAACUCAGGGUCCUCUGCUUCCAGACACGACUCGCAACGCCAAUCCGCCAAUGCAACUCCAGGCCAUUUCUCCAAUUGCCUACCCUCGUCUAAUUCCGUGAGAGCUGCUUCAUCGGUUCUCAGCUUAGCGGUACCAGGCCAGGAAGAAAAUGCAAUCACGCAGAUUAUCUCGCCUGAAGCCUAUAAGCGGGACGAUUCCAAAGAAAUUAAGAUUUCCACGUACGACUUGGUAGAACGGCUCUCUACGGGCUGGGCAGCGAAAAACAAUAAUGGUGCGGUGCGUCAAAGGUGUGAGGAAGUACGUUCUGAAGCGAGGAUGUCUCUCGCACUUAGCCUCGUUUCCAAAAUGGCCGAUGACGCCAGACGGGACCUAGAGGCAGCAGGACACAAAUUGCAGCGGGCAGAGGAUGUCGAGGCCUCCGCACAGAAAGCACUUGCGGAAAGAGAUGCAAAUAUCAUGGUCUUGCACGACGAGAUCAAUGGUUUGAAAGAGCAACUUGAAGAUUCUGAGGAAUGUAAUAGGCAAUUGAAAGAGGCUAAUGUGUCGAUGAGGGAGAAAUUAUCUAGCAUUCAAGCUGUUUUCACUAGGUAA